AUGUCCCCCAAUACCAACAAAUACACCUCCAAACUCGCCAACAAACGCAUCCUAAUCAUUGGAGGCUCCUCAGGCCUGGGCUACGCAGCAGCAGAAGCAUCCCUCGAACACGCCGCGACCGUACACCUAGCCUCCUCCAACCCCUCCAAACUCGCCGCCGCCGAAGCCCGCCUACGCUCAACCUACCCCUCCACUCAAGACGACCAACUCAAAACCCACACAAUCAACCUCGCAGACCUCGAAAACCUGCACAUCAACCUCACACGCCUCCUCGACGAAGCAACAUCGAAUGGCAGCCUCAAAAUAGACCACAUCCUCUACACCGCAGACGCAGCUUCUCCCCUUCCCUCCCUCCCGGACACGCAACCCUCCCACAUCACAGCGUCCCUCUCCAUGAGAGCCUACGCACCUACAAUACUCGCUGGCCUCCUCUCUUCGGAGAAAUACAUCGCCCACGGACCAGAUACCUCGCUUACCCUCACAAACGGCUCCAGCUCCCACCGGCCCAUGCCAGGUUGGGCCGUCGCCGACUGUGCCGCCGGCGCGAUGGAGGGUCUCGUCAGGGGUCUGUCCUUUAACCUCGCCCCAGUGCGUGUGAACCUCGUCUCUUCGGGCCCCGUCACGACGGAACUGUUCCUGGCGCUUCCUGGGGAGGCUAUCGAGGGGUUCCGAAGCAAGACGCUGACGGGAAGGCUUGGGCGGCCUGAGGAUGUGGCGGAGGCGUAUUUGUAUUUGAUGAAGGAUGGGAACAUUACUGGCGCAACCAUCUUUACUGAGGGAGGAAGGAUCUUGUCAUCGUAG